GUCUAUGGUAUCACUUUUAUUUGACGGCUGCCUGCCACAUCCGGCCCUCGGACGAAAGGGUCCUUUUUCAAGCGUACGCCAUUGCUGGCGUAUGGUAGUUUAUUUUAUUGAACGAAAAAUCUAAAACCAUCCAAUAUGGUGAAUUUCACCGUAGACGAGAUCCGUUCGAUGAUGGACAAGAAGCGGAACAUCCGCAACAUGUCCGUCAUCGCCCACGUCGACCACGGCAAGUCCACCCUGACGGACUCGCUGGUCUCCAAAGCCGGUAUCAUCGCGGGAGCCCGCGCCGGUGAGACCCGCUUCACGGACACGCGCAAGGACGAGCAGGACAGAUGCAUCACCAUCAAGUCUACUGCUAUCUCCAUGUUCUUCGAGCUGGAAGAGAAAGACAUGGUCUUCAUCACCAACGCUGACCAGCGUGAGAAGGGAGAGAAGGGUUUCUUGAUUAACCUGAUCGACUCACCUGGACACGUUGACUUCUCGUCGGAAGUGACUGCCGCGCUCCGUGUAACUGACGGUGCCCUCGUGGUUGUAGAUUGUGUCUCUGGUGUGUGCGUACAAACCGAGACUGUACUGCGUCAGGCUAUUGCCGAGCGCAUCAAGCCUAUUCUGUUCAUGAACAAGAUGGACCGCGCUCUACUCGAGCUGCAGUUGGAGGCUGAGGAGCUCUACCAGACCUUCCAGCGUAUCGUUGAAAACGUCAACGUCAUCAUCGCCACCUACAAUGACGAUGGCGGUCCCAUGGGUGAGGUUCGCGUGGACCCCAGCAAGGGUUCCGUGGGUUUCGGUUCCGGUCUCCACGGCUGGGCCUUCACCCUCAAGCAGUUCGCUGAAAUGUACGCCGACAAGUUCAAGAUCGACCUUGUCAAGCUUAUGAACAGGCUUUGGGGAGAGAACUUCUUCAACGCCAAGACCAAGAAGUGGGCUAAACAGAAGGACAAUGACAACAAGCGUUCGUUCUGCAUGUACGUGUUGGACCCCAUCUACAAGGUGUUCGACGCCAUCAUGAACUUCAAGAAGGAGGAGAUCGACGGUCUCCUCACCAAGAUCGGAGUCACCAUCAAGCACGAGGAUGCUGACAAGGACGGCAAAGCCCUGCUCAAGGUGGUGAUGCGUAGCUGGCUGCCCGCCGGUGAAGCUCUGCUUCAGAUGAUUGCCAUCCACCUGCCGUCCCCCGUGGUGGCCCAGAAGUACCGUAUGGAGAUGUUGUACGAGGGACCCCAUGACGAUGAGGCCGCUCUCGGUAUCAAGAGCUGUGACCCCGAAGCACCCCUGAUGAUGUACGUGAGCAAGAUGGUGCCGACCUCUGACAAGGGUCGUUUCUACGCUUUCGGCCGUGUGUUCUCCGGCAAGGUCGUCACCGGACAGAAGGCCCGCAUCAUGGGACCCAACUUCCAGCCCGGCAAGAAAGAGGAUCUGUACGAGAAGACCAUCCAGCGUACCAUCCUCAUGAUGGGUCGUUACGUGGAGGCCAUCGAGGAUGUCCCCUGCGGUAACAUCUGUGGUCUGGUCGGAGUUGACCAGUUCCUCGUCAAGACCGGAACCAUCACCACCUUCAAGAACGCACACAACAUGAAGGUCAUGAAAUUCAGUGUGUCGCCCGUCGUGCGUGUAGCCGUCGAGCCCAAGAACCCCGCCGACCUGCCCAAGCUGGUCGAGGGUCUGAAGCGUCUGGCCAAGUCAGACCCUAUGGUGCAGUGCAUCAACGAGGAGUCUGGCGAGCACAUCGUCGCCGGCGCCGGAGAGCUCCAUCUUGAGAUCUGUCUUAAGGACUUGGAGGAGGACCACGCUUGCAUUCCAAUCAAGAAAUCCGACCCCGUGGUGUCGUACCGUGAGACUGUCAGCGAGGAGUCAGACCAGAUGUGUCUGUCCAAGUCGCCCAACAAGCACAACCGUCUCUUCAUGAAGGCCCAGCCCAUGCCUGAGGGACUUCCUGAGGACAUCGACGAUGGUAAGGUGAACCCUCGUGAUGACUUCAAGACCCGUGCCCGUUACUUGACCGACAAGUACGAAUACGACGUGACUGAAGCCCGUAAGAUCUGGUGCUUCGGUCCCGAGGGCACCGGCCCCAACAUCAUGGUGGACUGCUCCAAGGGAGUGCAGUACCUCAACGAGAUCAAGGACUCCGUGGUCGCUGGCUUCCAGUGGGCCGCCAAGGAGGGAGUCAUGGCGGAGGAGAACCUGCGUGGAGUGCGCUUCAACAUCUACGAUGUCACGCUACAUACUGAUGCUAUCCACAGGGGUGGCGGUCAAAUCAUUCCAACGACCAGGAGAUGUCUGUACGCGUGUCUGCUGACCGCUCAGCCGCGUCUCAUGGAGCCUGUCUACCUCUGCGAGAUUCAGUGCCCUGAAGUGGCCGUGGGAGGUAUCUACGGUGUGCUGAACAGACGGCGUGGUCACGUGUUCGAGGAGUCGCAAGUCGCCGGUACGCCCAUGUUCGUGGUGAAGGCGUACCUGCCCGUCAACGAGUCCUUCGGCUUCACCGCCGACCUGCGCUCCAACACCGGCGGACAGGCCUUCCCGCAGUGCGUGUUCGACCACUGGCAGAUCCUGCCCGGAGACCCGUGCGAGCCCGGCUCCAAGCCCUACGUUGUCGUGCAGGAGACAAGGAAAAGGAAAGGACUUAAGGAGGGUCUGCCUGACUUAAGUCAAUACUUGGACAAAUUGUAAACGUCGUAGCUAAUGCAAUCCAUACUGUAAUAUAUGUAACAUUAUUGAGAGCGCCUCACGCACUAUACAACUUUACGUUCUAACAUUAUGAAUAAUUUUAAUUUUUAACAUAAACGGAAUGUAUCGCCUCAAUUAAGUUAAGUGUUAAGCACGACGCUGGUCGGACCGUUUGUUACUGGGUGGCACCGUGUUGCUGUCACCAUGAGAUACUAAAUAAACUAUUGAAAAUAUCA